AUGGAUUGGACACCUUCUGUACAGCAUAAUGUCACACCUACUGUGAGCGUGCACCAGAGAGAGCGGAAAUCUGUUCUCGAUGGACCUUUACCAUUCUACGGAUCUCUACCCGCCGCUCCUAAACCUCCGUCAUGGAACCUGCGUAACCAGCCUGUUCAGCGCCAGAAACCCAUCGAACAGGUUGUUGAGCGCAAUCCGUUCCACCGUACUCCAGCCCAACCCUCGAGCCCCUGGGCGCGGAACAAUGGCCCCUUUGAUACUGCAUUUGCACCUCCGAAGUUCUUCCCCAUGAGUGAUCAUGCCGCCUCAACCGGGCUAGAAAGUCUGUUUGAUAAAGCUUUCACCAUAAAAUCGCCUGAGGAUGAGGAUCACGGCGCAUGGCAAUCACAACAGCAGACGACGAAUACUCGUCCCCAUCAAUCUGUCGACCUGCAUAGUUAUUUUAUCUUUCAAUAUCUCCGACUGGGAUUGCUUCUGUCCUCUAUCGCUGCUUGGCUCGUAUCCCAGUAUGGCCAUAUCUCUCUACCCGGUGAUUGUAUUGAAGUAGCUUCCUUGGGUAGCGCGAGCCUUAUUGCCGGAUUUGCGCUACUUGAAGCCCUAAAACAACCUCUCGCUCAGUGGAACGGUAUGGAAAUACUUGUUUAUUUUGCAGAGCUCGUGGCAGCAGUUCAUCUUGGAGGAAAUCUGCCGCACGUUUCUUACGAACGACACUACUUCGACAGAUACGGAAAGCUCCUUUUGAUAUUCAUGACAGUUCAAGAGGCUUUGGGGCUACUCUCUCUCUAUCGUUUCUCGUCGGCCAUCAGCAGUGGGCAAGUGCCGCAAGCGAACCAAAACCAGCCACCACCUGCCGGCCUCCCCAGCACGUCCCCUAGGCUCGAGAAUAGCAGCGGUCAAGGACUUCAGUCGGUUACCACGCAGCAAUCUGUGCCGCCGCUUUCUUUCUCCUCGACUGUGACUGGAUCUAGCUUUUCAGCCCAGACGCCCGAGGCUCGGCGCCAUCAUCAUUUCCCGUCGUAUGACGGCGGCCACCAGGAUUAUAGUUUCAGUUUGAAAAGCUUGAAGGGCGACGAAUCUGACGUGUCGGACCCGCUGGACCGUGACUCCGAUACCGAAACUACGGUGACGACAGCUACUACGGCCACGAAUGCCACAAUCCGGAAUAUUCGCUAUGGACGAAGCGGCAGCGACGCGUUCUUAUCACCAAGACGGUCCGAACUUGGACCCGGCAUCGGCGGUCUCAGCCUUGACGACGAACCUUCCCGGCGAAUGACCCGGAGUCAAACUCAGAAGCUACGGCGCUUCCCCGGGCGUGGGAAUGUCAGAACAAAAUGA